AUGUUUACUUCUCCGGACUUGUUGGCGUUCACCAAAGAGGAUGAGUUAAGGGAAGCGCCUUCUGACCAAUGCGCCGUUCCUGACGAAUUGUCUGUGCCGCUUUUCCCAUAUUCCGGUGACGCUACGCCUUGGUCUAAGACAUCCAGCACAAAAUUUCACAAAGAUUUCAUCCUCGUUUCGGAAUUUUCGGAGCAGGUGGGUCCACAGCCGCUGCUAACAAUUCCCCCUGGAGCGAAAGCAUGCGGUUCUUUUGACCUGAAUAACUUUUCUCUCAGAAUCAUGUCUGUAGACUAUCAGGCCUCUUCCUCAAGUCCAGGUGGCUGCAGCAACCCCAAACUGAAUUUUAUUGAGGACUCGAAAGUGGUUUUGGCUGACUCUAAAGAUGGAGCGUAUGCAUAUGUGCACUAUCUGACACUGUAUGACCUGGAGGCACGAGGUUUUGUACGCCCACUUUGCCUUGCCUAUGUCUCCUCUGAUGAGGGCAAAAUCAUGCAGCAGUUCCCCCGUCUCUGUGUUGAAUUCUCCAAAGCUUCUGAGUGUCUGAAGACAGGAAACCGAAAGAACUUCGCCAAUGAACUGGAGAAAAAACUCAGAGACCUAGAGUACACUAGGACGAUACUGCUGAAAGAGUUAGAGGAGGACAGUUUCAAGGGCAGAGCAGAGAGCCAGGGAGAGGGAGAGGACUUGACAGUGAACAACAAGUCAGUGCUGGAAAGAAAAAAAGAGGAAGAGAAGCAAAGCAAUGGAUCAUGCGCUAUUAGAGAAGAAGAGGAAACAAAAAACACAAUGGGGCUGUCAGGAGCACUAGAUCCAGGAAAAACAGAGAACACAUCAGCAUUAGAGAGAGAGAAUGCGUUGAAUAUAACGACAGACUUGCUGGGAGAGGGAGAAGAAGGGCGAGAAAGAGACGGAUCCAAACUAAGUAACAUGAGAGAAGAAGGAAAGAAGACAGGACCAGAGGAUGAAAAGCAGAAUAUGGGCUGUCCUGCUGUCCAGAGUGCAAAGAGAGGUGAUGAGCUAGUGUGUGUGGAUAAAGCCAUUCGUGAACAUAAAGGCCUUCUGAGGCAGGUGACUUCUUAUCCAAACAGAAAACUCAAAGACCCAGAGUUUUUGCCGUAUGAGUCAGAUGAUUCCUCACACUCUUUUGAGGUAAACAUAUUGUCUCAGGGACCUGAGGCUCAGUUCCAUAGUCUUUCAAAUGACUUCACGUCUAUCAGCCUGUUUUCACACACCCCGCAGGUGGUGAGCUGCACAGCGUCCAAACGUUUUGACAAACAGCUGAAAACCCUCCAGGAAUUGUGCGAUGAGUAUUUUCAUGAACAGGCACUUGAGCAGCUGCGUUCCAUAGAGAAGCAUUUCCGUGGAGAUGCCUGCCACCUUCACGUGCGCCAGCUCUGCCAAAGCCUACUCCAAAACCUCAAAACCACGAAUUUCUUGUUUGAAGACCCUUGUGAUGUAGAGGAGGAAGAGGAUUACACAGGGAUGCUGUUUGACAGGGGUGGAGCCAAACCUGUCUGCCCGUCACUCUCUCUCCCUUCCUCCCCAAUUACAAACGAACCCUUGAGCCUUGAAUCCUAUCACUCCUGCGUGGAGAUGGUGCCAAUUAAACUGGAAAUUGGCCAAAGCAGUCGAUCAACAAAACGCUCUGACAGUGAGCCGACAUCCCCCUUGUCUGACCAGGUUGUGACAUUUUACCCUGCCAAUGAGAACGAAGCUGAGGAUGAGGAGUUGUCAGUUGCAGUGAUGAAGAGUAGUGUGAGCAGCGGAGAGAGCAUUGAGGUGCUUGGAACAGAAAGGUCUUUCAGAAAUCAUGCGUCCAUGGUUAACAUAGAGUUGGGAGCAGUGAAACAUAAUCAUUUACCACCUCAACCUUAUGUUCCUGUUGUUCCUGUGGAGGUGUUGAGGAGAAGGGUGAUGGAUAGGAGAGCUAUCAGUGAGGACAGCAUAGAGAUCCUAAGCACCACCGACUCCAUCAUCCCCGAAGACCUACGUGCCUCCUGCUCCUCUGUUAUCCAAGAGGAGACUCAGGAGCUGGAGGAAAAUGAAAGCAACUUGGUUAAACCCACCAGCACCACCCUCAGCCAAGAGCAGAGCUCAGUUGACCAGAGCACUCAGGAGAUGGAAAACAUGAUUCUGGUCCAGGAAGGAGGCACACCAGGACAGGAGCGAACUGGAACAAGACAGGAAGAGGCAGCAUGUGCUGGUCCUGCUAACACCCCUUCAGUAGUCCUCACCCCACCUCAUUCUCCUGUUCACCUCUCUCAAGACGAGGCUUCCAUUGAGGUGUGUCCUGUUGUAGGGCUUCUUCCUUUCUCAUUCUUGGAGGAACCAUCCAGGAUUGGUUGGGAAGACAUGUCAGAUCGCACCAGUUAUGUCAGCACCUCAGCCUCGGACUCCACCGUCCCAGUUGUUCACCAAAGUAACGGACGGAAGUCUCGGCGACACUGCAGUCGGACGGGAAGGGCCGCAUUACAGUUCAUAAGACAGUUCCCAUUUGCAGGUCACGCGGUGUUUAGUCUGUUGAGUGGCCGUACGGUGGUGGUGCUCGGCGGCGACGAAAGGACUGUCCGACAAGUGGUCACAGCACUAUCUGUCUUCUUGCCAAACCAAGGCAGAUAUAAAGAAAGCAUCCAGCCCUGGAUAUCUACACCACCUCAGCUCACCGACCUGCUCUCCUGGAAACUCAUCGGCUUCAGCAGGAUGUCCUGGCCUACAAGUCCCAGCAUGCCUCAUUCCUUGGGAGGCUACAGUCGUUACCUCAGCAUUUUGGACAUUGACCAGAAGUCACUGCGUUGUCCUGUCUACAGGGGUUCUCUGAUUGGUCCGUUGGUGGAUCCCCGGACCCAGAUAACACGAGGCAGCACGUAUUAUUUGUUUGCACACAGUGUCCUUACCAGACUCGUUUCUAGAGCCUUCCUCCUGACCUUCUCCCACAACCUUCACCUUCCCAACGACCCCAGCAUCGAAGACGACAGAUUUGAACGCUUGCUGUGCGGACUUCAUGAGGAUGACAAGAGGGUCCUCCACUUCCUGUCAGAGCUCAUAAGACUGCGCUUCACAGGAGCUCCGCCCACUAUUCUCAGGUUUAGCUACAGUGCAUGUACACUGUUUAAACUCUGA